AUGCCACCUUCUCAACUUCAGAUCGCUACGUCAGCGCUACAACGUUUAGUCAAGGAAGAAGCAUCAUAUCAUAAAGAGCUCGUGUCUCAACAGAAGCGUAUAGCAGAUCUCGAGAAGCAGACUGACGAUACUGACGGGAACCGGGAGUACAUAUUAAAGCAAGAGAAAAGAGCACUCGAAGAAACAAAAGCAGUCUUCCCCUCCCUCCGAGAACGAAUCGCAAACUCUAGGGAGAAACUUCAAGCCCAACUUGAUUCUGGCACGGACGAAAAUGAGAUAGAGGAGGCGAAAAAGGUUUUGGCGGAGGCUAUUGAGAGUCAGAAGGAUGAUCCGGAUAGUGCUCAUCCCAAUGGACAGUAA